AUGGUUCCUCCUCCAUACGCUGCAGAGCCUGGCCAUUGGUUUCUACGCGGAGUCCAGUCCGCUAUUUUUUACUAUGUUUCAUUUACCCCAUGCCUCGAAUAUCAACACAAGCGCAAACGGCGGAAGGAAGCUGAAGCGCAGGCUGAGAUUAUCACCACCCAACCGGGCUUGGUUAGACAGCCAGGACCGUUCCAAACAAACGAGACCUGGGCCGAAGAGCUGAUGCUAGGGCCUGGCCCGCCAAAAGGAUGGAAGGCAGAUCAAUUGCUGCAGAAAUUAAAAAGGAGGAAUACUACAGACUCAUUUGACAAUCCACAGACGCCCGUUGCGCCCGAGCAGCCCGAGCUCCAACUCCGACCGACAACAGCUUCUCAAGGGCCAUCUCUCCAACCAGCCCAGCCCUCGACUCGGCCCUCCUCCACCGAAACUGGCGAAUGCGAAUCCGUGGCGGAUCAGCGUGAUGAUAGAUCGAAUGCAAGUCAGAAGAGGCCAUCGAUGGACAGGAGGUUAUCAACAGCGAUGGAAAAUAUCAAAGACUCGUUGAGAGCAACUCUGCAUCCCGAAAUGUGGAACUGGAAACGAUACGAGCGCGAGGAUGAAGUAUUGUGGGGUUUUAGUGAGAGAAUGACUCGGAUGUGGAAUCGAGCAGUCCGCCCUGAAUCUGGAGACGACCUGGAAGAUGAAUGGUCUCCUCGCCGCCGAAAACGGGCACCCACAAAUGAAAGCGAUCGGUAUGACUACCACCGAGCAAGAAACCCGGAGCUCAAUGAACUCCAUCCUCCAGUGGUCUCCCAGCUACCAGCCACCAGAGAUCAGGCAGCUUGGAUGAUGCUGCCGCCACCCAGCGCAGCAGUCAUGGCAGGCAAGAAACAGCCUCACACCGAGACAGAGAUGCGAUGGCCGCUAGCAGUGAUUGGCAAACCAUUAAGACCCUCGGAACCGCCCAGACGCAUGUUGGCAACAACUUAUUCUCGAGAGGCGCUGGAUUUCGACAGUCAAGACGAGGAGAUGGGCAUCAGUGACACCGACCUCGAGACAAACUCGGUACUUCAAUCGUUGGCGAGUGAGACGAUGGUGCAAGAUACUAGGUCCACCAAGUCCAAGCACAUGUCGGCUCCAAUUAUCCGACCACCGCCUAUCGUCACGAAAGAGCCAUUUCAUGAUGACACCUUGGUGCCCAAACGAAGAGGCUCGUGGCAUCUUCAUUACUAUUAUCAAUCGGACCAGUCUACAUGA